ACGCGCGUUUAAACAUUCUUAAAUAGAAACCCAAAAAAGCCGAAGCGAAUCACUUCGAAGUUGUGCAUUUUUCCGAAUCGCAGGGAAAGCCAGAGAGGCCGAGAGAGAGAGAGAGAGAAGGUUCGAGAAACAGAAGGGAAAGAGAGAUUCUUUGACGCGAUGGCUGGCUCGUGGAGAGCUCGCGGGUCUCUGAUCGUGCUUGCGAUCGUUUCGUUCGGUUGUCUUUUUGCAAUUUCCAUUGCUAAAGAGGAAGCUACCAAGUUGGGAACAGUCAUUGGGAUAGAUCUUGGAACAACUUAUUCCUGUGUCGGUGUUUAUAAGAAUGGUCAUGUUGAAAUCAUAGCCAAUGACCAAGGAAACCGUAUUACCCCAUCAUGGGUUGCUUUCACUGACAGUGAGAGGCUGAUCGGUGAGGCUGCAAAGAACCAGGCAGCUGUCAACGCCGAGAGAACCAUCUUUGACGUUAAGAGACUUAUCGGAAGAAAGUUUGAUGACAAAGAGGUCCAGAAGGACAUGAAGCUUUUUCCUUACAAGAUUGUGAAUAAGGAUGGCAAGCCUUACAUUCAAGUGAAGAUCAAGGAUGGUGAGACCAAGGUGUUCAGCCCUGAGGAGAUCAGUGCUAUGGUUCUUCUUAAGAUGAAGGAAACAGCGGAAGCUUUUCUUGGGAAGAAGAUCAAGGAUGCUGUUGUCACAGUUCCUGCUUACUUCAAUGAUGCUCAGAGGCAGGCUACCAAGGAUGCUGGCGUCAUUGCCGGCCUGAAUGUUGCCAGGAUUAUUAAUGAGCCAACUGCUGCUGCAAUCGCUUAUGGUUUGGACAAGAAAGGUGGGGAAAAGAAUAUUCUUGUCUUUGAUCUUGGUGGUGGAACAUUUGAUGUCAGUAUUUUGACAAUUGACAAUGGAGUCUUUGAGGUGCUUGCCACAAAUGGUGACACUCAUUUGGGAGGUGAGGAUUUUGAUCAGAGGAUCAUGGAUUACUUCAUCAAAUUGAUCAAGAAAAAGCAUGGAAAGGAUAUUAGCAAGGAUAGCAGAGCUAUCGGGAAGUUGAGGAGAGAAGCUGAGCGUGCCAAGAGAGCUCUCAGUAGCCAGCACCAAGUCCGUGUGGAGAUUGAAUCACUUUUUGAUGGAAUAGACUUUUCUGAACCAUUGACCCGAGCUCGUUUUGAAGAGUUGAACAAUGAUUUGUUCAGAAAGACCAUGGGACCCGUGAAGAAGGCUAUGGAAGAUGCUGGAUUGGAGAAAAGCCAAAUCGAUGAGAUUGUUCUUGUUGGUGGAAGCACUAGGAUUCCAAAGGUCCAACAGCUUCUUAAGGACUACUUUGAUGGAAAGGAGCCAAACAAGGGUGUGAACCCUGAUGAGGCAGUCGCUUAUGGUGCUGCAGUACAAGGCAGCAUCUUGAGUGGAGAGGGUGGUGAAGAAACCAAAGAUAUCCUUCUUCUGGAUGUUGCUCCUUUGACCCUUGGUAUUGAAACUGUUGGUGGAGUGAUGACCAAGUUGAUUCCAAGAAACACUGUUAUCCCAACCAAGAAGUCACAGGUUUUCACUACCUAUCAGGAUCAGCAGACAACAGUCUCUAUUCAGGUCUUUGAGGGUGAAAGGAGUCUGACUAAGGAUUGCAGAAAUCUUGGUAAAUUCGAUCUUACUGGAAUUCCGCCAGCCCCAAGGGGUACACCACAAAUUGAAGUGACUUUCGAAGUCGAUGCAAAUGGUAUCCUGAAUGUGAAGGCAGAAGACAAGGGCACCGGGAAAUCAGAGAAGAUCACCAUCACAAACGACAAGGGUCGAUUGAGCCAAGAGGAAAUUGAACGCAUGGUUCGCGAGGCAGAAGAGUUUGCAGAAGAAGAUAAGAAGGUGAAGGAAAAGAUCGAUGCACGUAACAGCCUCGAGACCUAUGUCUACAACAUGAAGAACCAGGUCAAUGACAAAGACAAGCUUGCUGACAAGCUCGAGUCCGACGAGAAGGAAAAGAUUGAGACCGCGGUGAAAGAGGCUCUUGAAUGGCUGGAUGACAACCAGAGCGCCGAGAAAGAGGACUACGAAGAGAAGCUCAAGGAGGUGGAAGCUGUUUGCAACCCUAUCAUCACGGCAGUGUACCAGAGGUCAGGUGGUGCCCCAGGCGGUGGUGAAUCAGCAGAAGAUGAUGAUUCACAUGAUGAACUUUAAAUAAAUUUUUAGCUUUUUUUUUUUUUUUUUUUUUCUUUUUGUUUGAUCACUGCUUAUAAAGCAGUAGAAAAAUGAGGACAUAGGUUUUUAGGGCAAGCAGACUUUACUGUAAUUUUCGUGAUUGGAUAGAAGCUUGAGGGGGAAUAAAUUUCCCCCCUUCACUGGUUCUCUUUUUGGAGGUGAAGAUACAGUUUCGGGAGAUCUUAAUUUUUUCUGUACUCUGUAAUUUUUGUUUGCUUUUAUUAUUAGAACUUUUCCUUAUAAGUUAA